GUUGACGGCGAGGGAAACUUUCGACCCGUGGACCCCGCUAGAAAAUUUCAAAAGGUCCUCGAAACAUCAACAGGAACAGCUGCUGCUGUUCGUGCUGUUUGGUUGUUGAUGGUUGUUGAUGGUUUCAUUAGCUACGAGGUGAUGAUUUUGAACGCGGUGUUUGCUUUAAGCCGUUAACCUUGCCUCCACGCGAGACAGCCCUGCUCAUUCGCCGCACUGCCAAGGCGUCCCAGGUGGGAGAUGGAGCGGAGGCACCGGGAGGCGCUGAGAAUGAACCACGUGCGGUUGAUCCACGAGAUGGUUCCGGGGGAUCUCAUUGACGUGCUGUACGCAAAGAAGAUCCUGACCCAGAGCAUGAAGGAGGACAUAGAGGCCAUCCCCGUUGCCCGGCGACGGAACAGCGAGCUGCUGAGCCUCCUGCCCAGGCGAGGUGAGGCUGCGUUCGAGGCCUUCCUCGAGGCCCUCCGUGAAACUGAGCAGCUCCACCUGGCCCAGCUGCUCGCCACGGACUCAGCGGGUGGAGCCGCGGGUGGAGCCGCGGGUGGAGCCGCUGAGGUGGUGGAGGAGGAGAGGGGGGCGGGAGCGGGAGGGGCAGCUCGGGACGGUGAAGCCAGCGGCAGUGUCGGGAAGGCGGUGCAGGAGACCAAUCCGCGAUGCCGCAGCCCAUUGGACCGUCGGUCACGGGUCGAAGGUCACUGCCCCUCGCUGCCGCCCCCCUCAGCGCCCUGCACCAGCGAACCCGGUCAUGUGACCUCGAGCUGCCCCUCAGUCUCCCCUCCCCCACGUGUUAGGGACACCGCUGACGGCUCCGCCGGGAACUCCAUCAGGCCGUGCAGCCCGGAGUUCCUUCGUGCUCACCGUGACUCGGCCUACAGGAUGGAGGCGACUCCGCGUGGCCUCGCCCUGCUCAUGAGCAACGUGACCUUCCCCGGCUCGGCCGAGCUGGACGAGCGGGCCGGCGGUCAGGUCGAUGUCCGUCGGCUCGGGGAGCUCCUGGGCCAGCUCGGAUUCCAGGUGGAAGUGGAGCACGACCUCACGGCACAGGACAUGGAGCGCUCCCUGCGAGCGUUCUCCACUCGCUCCGAGCACCGUGGAGGGGACGCCACGGUGGUGGCCCUGCUGUCUCACGGCGUGGACGGAGCACUGUACGGAACAGAUGGGGCGCUGUUGAAGGUGGAGGAGAUCUUCUCCAUGUUUGACAACGCCAACGCCCCGCACCUCCAGAACAAGCCCAAGAUUUUCCUGGUGCAGGCUUGCCGUGGAGAGGACCCGGACCGAGGCGUGGACCAAUCGGACGGCGGCAGCGAUGCCCGCCCGGUCUCCCCCGGCAACGAGCAGAGCGAUGCUGCACGGCAGGCCCAGGCCCGGGUCCGUCUGCCCACCUCCUCCGACAUGAUCUAUGGAUUCGCCUGCCUCAAAGGCACUGCCGCGCUGAGGAACACACGAAAAGGAGCGUGGUACAUCCAGGCGCUGGUGGAGGUGGUUCGCGAGCAGGCCAGGGACACGCACUUCGCCGACAUGCUCGUCAAGAUUAACAGCCUCAUCAAGGAGAGAGAGGCCUAUGCCCCAGGCUCGGAGUACCACCGCUGCAAAGAGAUGUCCGAGUACUCCAGCACCCUCUGCCGUGACCUCUACCUGUACCCUGGUCUCCCCGGCAACCGGAACCACGCCUCCGCCCCCUAGGUCUCCGUGGCGACCGUAGACAUGGCGUCGGUCGCCUAGGUCUCCGUGGCGACCGGAGACAUGGCGUCGGUCGCCUAGGUCUCCGUGGCGACCGUGGACAUGGAGUCGGUCGCCUAGGUCUCCGUGGCGACCGUAGACAUGGCGUCGGUCGCCUAGGUCUCCGUGGCGACCGUAGACAUGGCGUCGGUCGCCCAGGUCUCCGUGGCGACCGUAGACAUGGCGUAGGUCGCCUAGGUUGUUAACUCUAGGCCUCGUCUUAACUCUAGACCUAGGGUUAACUCUCGUGUUAACUUUAGACCUAUUCUUAACUAUAGUCUUAACUCUAGACCUCGAGUUAACUCUAGACAUAGUGUUAACUCUAGACCUAGUGUUAACUCUAGUGUUAACUGUAGACCUAGCGUUAACUCUAGACCUAGUCUUAACUCUAGACCUAGUGUUAACUCUAGACCUAGUGUUAACUCUAGAACUCGUGUUAACUCUAGAACUCGUGUUAACUCUUGUGUUAACUCUAGUGUUAACUCGACCUAGUGUUAACUCUAGACCUCGUGUUAACUCUAGACCUAGUGUUAACUCUAGACCUCGUGUUAACUCUAGACCUAGUGUUAACUCUAGACCUCGUGUUAACUCUAGACCUAGUGUUAACUCUAGACCUAGUGUUAACUCGACCUAGUGUUAACUCUAGACCUAGUGUUAACUCUAGACCUCGUGUUAACUCUAGACCUAGUGUUAACUCUAGACCUAGUGUUAACUCUUGUGUUAACUCUAGUGUUAACUAGACCUAGUGUUAACUCUAGACCUCGAGUUAACUCUAGACCUAGUGUUAACUCUAGACCUCGUGUUAACUCUAGACCUAGUGUUAACUCUAGACCUCGUGUUAACUCUAGAUCUAGUGUUAACUCUAGACCUAGUGUUAACUCUAGACCUCGUGUUAACUCUAGACCUCGUGUUAACUUUUGUGUUAACUCUAGACCUAGUGUUAACUCUAGUGUUAACUCUAGACCUCGUGUUAACUCUAGACCUAGUGUUAACUCUAGACCUAGUUGUUAACUCUAGUGUUAACUCUAGACCUCGUGUUAACUCUAGACCUAGUGUUAACUCUAGACCUAGUGUUAACUCUAUACCUAGUGUUAACUCUAGACCUCGUGUUAACUCUAGACCUCGUGUUAACUCUAGACCUAGUGUUAACUCUAGACCUAGUGUUAACUCUAGACCUACUGUUAACUCUAGACCUCGUGUUAACUCUAGACCUAGUGUUAACUCUAGGCCUCGUGUUAACUCUAGAUCUAGUGUUAACUCUAGACCUAGUGUUAACUCUAGACCUCGUGUUAACUCUAGACCUCGUGUUAACUCUAGACCUCGUGUUAACUCUAGACCUCGUGUUAACUCUAGUGUUAACUAGACCUAGUGUUAACUCUAGACCUAGUGUUAACUCUAGACCUCGUGUUAACUCUAGUGUUAACUAGACCUAGUGUUAACUCUAGACCUAGUGUUAACUCUAGACCUAGCGUUAACUCUAGACCUAGUGUUAACUCUAGACCUCGUCUUAACUCUAGACCUCGUGUUAACUCUAGACCUCGUGUUAACUCUAGACCUAGUGUUAACUCUAGACCUCGUGUUAACUCUAGAUCUAGCGUUAACUCUAGACCUAGUGUUAACUCUAGUGUUAACUCUAGACCUAGUGUUAACUCUAGACCUAGUGUUAACUAGACCUAGUGUUAACUCUAGACCUAGUGUUAACUCUAGACCUCGUGUUAACUCUAGACCUAGUGUUAACUCUAGACCUAGUGUUAACUCUAGACCUCGUCUUAACUCUAGUGUUAACUCUAGACCUCGUCUUAACUCUAGACCUAGCGUUAACUCUAGACCUAGCGUUAACUCUAGACCUAGUGUUAACUCUAGACCUCGUCUUAACUUUAGACCUAGUGUUAACUCUAGACCUAGUGUUAACUCUAGACCUAGCGUUAACUCUAGACCUCGUGUUAACUCUAGACCUAGUGUUAACUCUAGACCUAGUGUUAACUCUAGACCUAGUGUUAACUCUAGACUUCGUCUUAACUUUAGACCUAGGGUUAACUCUCGUGUUAACUUUAAACCUAUUCUUAACUGUAGUCUUAACUCUAGACCUCGUCUUAACUCUAGACCUAGUCUUAACUCUAGACCUAGUGUCAACUCUAGACCUAGCGUUAACCCUUGUUUUAACCCUAGGCCUAGUCUCAACUCUAGACUCAACUCUAGCCUCCUAGACACAAGCAGUAGACCAAGGCCUUACACCUAAACCCUGGACCUGGCCUCUAAACCAGGCCCAACCUUCGACCUCAGACUGAAAUUGAGACCAAAUCUAGACCAAGGCUUAGCCCCUUGACCUGAACCCCAGCCAUCAACGUGCGGACCAAAAUUCUCACCCUAAGUGAGCUCAUUCCUAGCCCCAAACUCCCAACCCUAGCCUAGGCCUAUCCCUAACCCUAAAACCUAACCCUAGACCAUUCACUAUAUCUAACCCUAGACCUAUCCCUACCCUAGACUAUCUCUAGGCCUAUCCCUAGACCUAUUCCAAGACCCCCUCCCUGAACCUAGACUAAUCUUAGACCUAUUCAUUGACCUAUCCCUGAGCCUAGACUAACCCUAGGCCUAUCCCUGAGCCUAGACUAACCCUAGGCCUAUCCCUGAGCCUAGACUAACCCUAGGCCUAUCCCUGAGCCUAGACUAACCCUAGGCCUAUCCCUGAGCCUAGACUAACCCUAGGCCUAUUCCUGAGCCUAGACUAACCCUAGGCCUAUCCCUGAGCCUAGACUAACCCUAGGCCUAUCCCUGAACCUAGACUAACCCUAGGCCUAUCCCUGAGCCUAGACUAACCCUAGGCCUAUUCCUGAGCCUAGACUAACCCUAGGCCUAUCCCUGAGCCUAGACUAACCCUAGGCCUAUUCCUGAGCCUAGACUAACCCUAGGCCUAUCCCUGAGCCUAGACUAACCCUAGGCCUAUCCCUGAGCCUAGACUAACCCUAGGCCUAUCCCUGAACCUAGACUAACCCUAGGCCUAUUCCUGAGCCUAGACUAACCCUAGGCCUAUCCCUGAGCCUAGACUAACCCUAGACCUAUCCCUGAACCUAGACUAACCCUAGACCUAUCCUUGAACCUAGACUAACCCUAGGCCUAUCCCUGAGCCUAGACUAACCCUAGGCCUAUCCCUGAGCCUAGACUAACCCUAGGUCUAUCCCUGAACCUAGACUAACCCUAGGCCUAUCCCUGAACCUAGACUAACCCUAGGCCUAUUCCUGAGCCUAGACUAACCCUAGGCAUAUUCCUAGACCUAUCCCUGAACCUAGACUAACCAUAAGCCUAUCCCUGAACCUAGACUAACCCUAGGCCUAUCCCUGAGCCUAGACUAACCCUAGGCCUAUCCCUGAACCUAGACUAACCCUAGGCCUAUCCCUGAACCUAGACUAACCCUAGGCCUAUUCAUAGACCUAUCCUUGAACCUAGACUAACCCUAGGCCUAUCCCUGAACCUAGACUAACCCUAGGCCUAUUCCUGAGCCUAGACUAACCCUAGGCCUAUCCCUGAACCUAGACUAACCCUAGGCCUAUCCCGGAGCCUAGACUAACGCUAGGCCUAUCCCUGAACCUAGACUAACCCUAGGCCUAUUCCUGAACCUAGACUAACCCUAGGCCUAUCCCUGAGCCUAGACUAACCCUAGGCCUAUCCCUGAACCUAGACUAACCCUAUGCCUAUUCCUGAACCUAGACU